AUAUCAUAACUCAAUCUCAAAGAAGAAACAAAGAGAUUUUAACUCAACAACAACUACUUUUGUUGUCUCUAUCUUUAUUUGUUCCAAUACUCAAAAUUUCAGUUCUUCCUCAUCAAUCAAAUUCUCCAUAAUUUUGAAGAAUUGAACUCAACCCUUUGUUUCUAUUUUUGUAUAUUGUUCAUUUGUUUAUUCAUUCAUUCAUGAAACUCCCAACUUUUGCAGACCCUGAAUCACUCUCAUACGUUUACACUUUGCUUCAGAGUUCUUUUGAUCAAAUGAAUGACCCCAUUAAUGGUUCCACAAGAAAGAGGCAUAGAAAACAUGAUGAUGAUGAUGAUGAUGAUGAUGGAUCAAGCAGUAGCAACAACAAUAACAACCAAGAAGAUGAAGAUGAAGAUGAAGAAGAUGAAGAUGAAGAUGAAGAUGCAAAGAACAACAAGAGCAAGAAGAAGAAGAAGAACAAUAACAAUAACAAGAAUAAGAAUAAGAAGAAGAAGAAAGAGUUAAAGGGUAUUCUAACAUCUUUGCUAUUAUUAGAUGAACAAGAGAAGCUUGAUCAUCAAAACCUCAACAAAAUCUGUGAAGAAGAGAAGCUCUCAUUGGAAACCAAUCACAAGAACAAGACAAAAGCCAUGGUGAAUUACUAUUCCAACCUUGAUGAAUAUUAUAAUCACGUCCAAGAAUCAGAGAGGAUCAAGAGGAAGAAAUCAAGGAACAUGGCUUGUGCUGCUGCUGUUUCUGCUGCCUCACAAGGCUUAGAAAAAGCAGCAUCCUCAGAAGGAGGUGGUGGUGGUGGUGGAGGAGGCGGAGGCGGGGCAGGGAAUGGGGGGCCUCAGAGGAGGCUGUGGGUGAAGGAUAGAUCAGGGGCAUGGUGGGAUGAAUGCAACAGAGAAGAUUUUCCUGAAGAAGAGUUCAGAAAAGCAUUCAGAAUGGGAAGAUCAACAUUUGAUUUGAUAUGUGAAGAACUGAACUCAGCAAUUGUGAAAGAAGACACAACACUGAGGAAUGCAAUCCCUGUGAAGCAAAGGGUAGCUGUUUGUCUAUGGAGAUUAGCAACUGGUGAUCCUCUAAGGCUUGUUUCAAAGAAAUUUGGAUUAGGAAUCUCAACUUGUCACAAGCUUGUUCUUGAGGUUUGCACUGCAAUCAAAACUGUUCUUAUGCCUAAGUAUCUCCAAUGGCCUAAUGAGUCUCAAUUGAGGAACAUCAAGAAUGAGUUUGAGGGUAUUUCUGGUAUUCCAAAUGUUGUAGGAUCCAUGUACACUUCACAUGUUCCUAUCAUAGCUCCUAAGGUUAGUGUUGCUGCAUAUUUCAACAAGAGGCACACUGAGAGGAACCAAAAGACUUCAUAUUCAAUAACAGUUCAAGGUGUUGUUGAUCCAAAUGGGGUGUUCACUGAUGUUUGCAUUGGUUGGCCAGGAUCAAUGCUUGAUGAUCAAGUUCUUGAGAAAUCAGCACUUUCUCAAAGGGCCAACAAUGGUGGAUUGUUGAAUGGUGUUUGGAUUGUUGGUGGAAAAGGGUACCCUUUGAUGGAUUGGGUUUUGGUGCCUUAUAGUCAACACAAUUUGACUUGGACACAGCAUGCUUUCAAUGAGAAGAUUGGUGAGGUUCAGAAAGUUGCUAAGGAUGCAUUUGCAAAAUUGAAAGGUAGGUGGAGUUGUUUGCAAAAGAGGACUGAGGUUAAGCUUCAGGACUUGCCUAUUGUUCUUGGUGCUUGUUGUGUUCUUCAUAAUAUUUGUGAGUUGAGGGGUGAGAAAAUGGAUCCUGAGAUUAAGGUUGAUCUUCUUGAUGAUGAGAUUGUUCCUGAGGUUGCUUUGAGAUCUAUGACUUCAAUGAAAGCUAGAGAUGCUAUUGCUCAUAAUCUCUUACAUCAUGGCCUAGCAGGCACUUCUUUUGUUUAAUCUUGCUGGUGCUAGUUGUUCUAUCAAAACCAAAAAGAAGAAAAGAAAAAAAAGUUGUUUGUAUUUGACUAUCUUGAUGCUUUAGAUGUUCAAUAUUUUUUAUAUGAUAUCAAAUCAUUCAUCAUUAUUUGUUGAAGGGGGCUUUUG